AUGUGCAACGUGAUCACCAUCCCGUCGGUCGCCUGGCUGCGCCGCGCCGUGCGGCGGUGGCGCACCCGCGGCUCCAGGUCCGCGGCGGUGCCGGCGGGGCACGUAGCGGUGUGCGCCGAGGGCGCGCGGUUCGUGGUGCGGCUGGCGCACCUAGGCCACCCGGCGUUUCUGGAGCUGCUGCGGCAGGCGGAGGAGGAGUACGGUUUCCCGGCCGGCGCCUCCGGCCCUGUCGCGCUGCCCUGCGACGAGCACCGCCUUCGCGACGUCCUCCGCCGCGUCUCGUCUUCUUCUGAGGAACGCCGCUCCUCCCGCCACCGUAGCGGAGACUCAAGGCCGCUGCUGCAGGGGGUGGCCGGGGAGAAGGUCUUCUUGUGA